CUCUCUCUCUCUCUCUCUCUAUUAUUAUACUGCUCUGCUUUGCAAGGCGUACGACACCUCCGCAGCAGCCUAUAGCACGGAUUACCCCCCCGCCCUCCCUCUCCCAAGUCUACGGCACACCUACUCUCUCUCUCUCUCCUCUUUUCCGCCAAUUCAGAGAACAUAGUGAUACUUCUCGUGAUUUGCAUUUCAAUUCUCUCUCUCUCUCUAUUCAUUCACUCCCAACAGCUUCUCUUUCUACUUGUUGCUUUCGCUCAUCUCUCUCCCUCCCUCUCUCUCUCUCUCUCUCUCUCUCCGUCUCUCUCUCUCUCUCUCGCCGCUGCUUGUUUCUCUGUGGAGUAUGAGGAAACCCUAGGUUUUCCGUGCUCAGCUACGUGCCUCUCUGUUGCUUUUCUGUUUAAAUGGUGGUCGGCUCGGGUUCAAUCGUCUCCGUGGCGGUGAUCGAUUUUUUUUCAGGUUAGCUUUCAAUCCUCGUCUCUAUCCGUGUAUGAUUGUGGUGUUACUUCGUCCGACCUCCUUCGAUUCAGUUCUGUUCUUGUUUGAAGUGUUUAGUUUGAUUGAGGUGUAAUGCUUUGUUGUGCUCUGUAUUUUCCCCGCCUCUGGAUUCCCCUCUUCUUUUUCCCUUUUUUUCUUUUGGCCUGGGGGGGGGGGGGUGUUCUGAUUUGAGCAUACUGAUUGUAUUCUACUUCCUCGAGAGUGUGACUUCGCGGUGGCAUCUACUUGGUUGUUUCCAUUUUUAUUUUCCUGUGUACUUGUAGCUGAGCCUUUUUUUUUUUUGUAAAAUGAUUUUCCUGUUAAACCUUCUUUGCCUUCUGUUUUAGAUCAGUUUCAAUGAUCUUUUUUGGUGCAAUUUAUGGAUCAGAGCUUCAGAGGUGCUCUGAUUACCUGCUCAUCCGAAAUGGAUUUGGAUGCUGCAUUUUAAACUAAGCGAAGGAAUUGCAACAAUCCCUUUAGUUUUGGGAUCCAUUAUGAUUGAAGAAAAUCUCAAGGGAUUCGUGGGAUGUUUUCUUUCUGAGUUUCUCUAUCUGCAAAAUGCUUCCUUGGAAAUAGGUUAGUUGACCUUGCAGAUCCUAUUUACCUUCUGUAGUGUUUGGAUGAAAUAAGAAAAAGAUGGGUCCAUUGCCUGGCACAUGUGAAAUUGUUGAGUCAAGGGAAGAAUUAGAUCUUGAGCUGAAAAUGGAGGGAACAUAUGGAAAAGAUCAUAUAUUGAAGUCAGGACAAAAGCGUUCCAUAGAGGAUGAUAUUAAUCAGCUUUUUGAGGCAAUUGAUGUUAGAACUUCUGUCAAGGGUAAAGAAACUUCACGUAAGAGUGCCUUGAAAAGACCAGUUAGAGUUGGUUCUCCAGCUUCAGGAAUUGGUAUUUCAGAGUCUGUGAGUUUAAAGCAGGCUCUAAGGGGAUUAUGCAUUUCUCAAGCAUCAGAAAUGGCUGCUAUGAGGAGGCUAUCAAAACCAGCAGGUUCAUCAGGGGUCUCAGAGGCUGGGACUAUUAAAAAGCUGUACAGGGCAGUAGUGGUUGAGGCUGGUGAAUCCGGUUUUCCAUUAAAUGAAUGUAAAGGAAAUUUAGUAGAAAUAUCUCUUGUUCCUGAAACAAGUACAUCAGAUUUUUCUGAGAAGAUUGCUGAGUCCCCUCGGUUUCCCUUGGCUGAGUCAUCUAGCCAAAGUGCUUCUUCUUCUGCCCCUUUUGCGAAUGCAAUGGUAUCAGAUGCAAAGAUAACAGCAGCCUUAUCUUCAGAUGGAAUUUCUUCCAUGCCAGCAGAGGUUAAGAUUGAAAAAUCAAAAGCUGAGGUGGCAGUGUGUGGAAAACUGAAAUCUGCACACUCUUCAUCUAAUUCUUGUACUGGAAAGAAUGUAAUGGGGGUGGACGAGAUUGUUCCUACCUCAUUUGAAAUUUCAAGCAGAACACCAGUGCCUGGCAAUGGGCAGAAAGGCAAGUUGCAUUCUGCAUCUUUUAUAUCUGGCUCAAGCACUGGCAGCAAGCUAAGCAAAGUUGAUAGCAGUAGUCCACAGCUCACCAGGAACAAGAACCUUGUAAAGAAGAAAGUGAAGCAAGAUUCAACUGUUGCCUCCAGCAGUUCUGAGCUGUGUAGGGGAAAAUCCAAUAGUGACGUGGGUCCUGCUACAAGUAAAUUGGAUUGUCAGACACACUGUUGCACUUUGAAGAACCAGAGGAAAGAAAACGAGAAAGCUUCUUUGGCAACCAGCUGCACAAAUCAUAGCAUUGAAGUCAAUUCUAGUGUUUUGGUCCCUAGUGCAAGUAAACAAGGUUUCAGUUCAAAUUGCUGUAACAGAACUAGAAGUGUUGUUACAAAAGCAGAUGAGAGAUCCUCAAGAGAAAAAGGUGAGUUCUCCCAAAGCUCAAAAAGCAGCAUUGGUGACUAUAGCAGUAGUACAAGUAUUAGUGAGGAUAGCAAUCUAAGUGGGUCCAGUCGUAGUGGCAAUCGGCCUCACAUGUCAAAAGACUUGAGAUGGGAAGCCAUCCGCCAUGUUCAGAAGCAGCAUGGAAGCUUAAGUAUGAGGAACUUUAAACUGCUCAAGAGGAUUGGUUGCGGGGACAUUGGGACUGUUUAUCUUGCUGAGCUAACAAGUACGAGCUGCCUAUUUGCCUUGAAAGUGAUGGACAAUGAGUUCCUGGUAAGCAGGAGAAAAAUGCCAAGGGCUCAAACUGAAAGAGAGAUUAUGCAAAUGCUGGAUCAUCCUUUUCUCCCCACACUGUAUUCUCAUUUUACGACAGAUAAACUGUCAUGUUUGAUAAUGGAGUAUUGUCCAGGGGGAGAUUUGCAUGUGCUCCGCCAAAAGCAACCUGGAAGGAGUUUCUCUGAACAAGCAGCCAGAUUCUAUGUUGCUGAAGUCCUCCUUGCGUUGGAGUACCUACAUAUGCUUGGUGUUGUGUACCGAGACCUUAAGCCAGAGAACAUCCUGGUCAGAGAAGAUGGUCAUAUCAUGCUCACCGAUUUUGAUUUGUCACUCAGAUGUGCAGUUAAUCCAACACUACUUAAAUCAUCUUCACCAGUCGUGGAGCCUGCAAAAAAGAUAUCAAGUCCAUGCACUGAAUCUAGCUGCAUUGAUCCUUUCUGCCUCCAACCAUCCUGGCAAGUCUCAUGCUUCACUCCUAGGCUUCUUUCUGCUGCUGCAAAAUCCCGGAAGCUAAAAUCUGAACUAGCUGCCCAGGUCAAUCCAUUGCCACAGCUUGUAGCAGAGCCAACAAGUGCCAGAUCCAACUCCUUUGUAGGGACCCAUGAAUACCUGGCCCCAGAGAUCAUCAAAGGAGAGGGACACGGGAGUGCCGUUGACUGGUGGACUUUUGGUAUCUUCUUGUAUGAGUUAUUGUAUGGUAAGACACCCUUCAAAGGCUUGGGAAAUGAGGAAACCUUAGCCAAUGUAGUGUCACAGAGCCUCAAGUUCCCCGAGAGCCCUAUUGUUAGUUUUUAUGCUAGAGAUUUGAUCAGAGGGCUGUUAGUGAAGGAACCUGAGAACAGGCUAGGAUCAAUUAAAGGGGCUGCAGAGAUCAAGCAACACCCGUUCUUUGAGGGCCUGAACUGGGCUCUGAUACGGUGUGCAAUACCACCGGAGAUGCCCAAGUUUGAUGAAGUUGGGAUUGCCAACUCGACCUUGGCUUCACAGAAAAAGGACCAAAGCAAGGGUGGUCUGAAGGAUUUUCAUGAUACAGGGGAGGACUUGGAGUUCGACGUGUUUUAGCUAGAACUUGCCUAACAUGGGAAGUUGUCUGAUUUUCUCUUUCCUUUUUUUUCCUUUUUUUUUUUUGUUGGGCUUAAAUAGAAAAUUUUCAUUGUUGUUGUAACAGAUAUAUAGCUUAUAUAUAGUGUAAAUGUCACUUGGAAAA